GAAGAAGAGCAACACUGAGCCCACUACCAACACAAACUUCCAACGGCGACACAAAGACUCUGUGACCUUUCCUUGGAUGGACCCCAUCGUACACCACAGGAGGCCCACGCUGUGGCCUAUGCUGCCUACUUCACAGAGAACGGACCUUCUGUGCCUCAGGUUCUCUGAGCACCUGCUUACAGAGCACUGCAAUGUAGGGCAGUCAGGAGAAAACCGAAUGUACACCUGCCCCUGGAAUGGUCUCUUCCACUAUUCUGCAAGCCUCCCCUGAAUGAGUCAUCCAGCCGGCUCCUCAUUGGAUAAGACCAUGCCAUCCCAAGGGAUUGCCUUGCAGAGGCAGAAAGGCCUUGCUUCCAUUCACAGAAACAUUGAAAAACAAACAACAAGGAAAGAAUUACAGAGAAUAAACAUCAGACCGGGGAAUUUAAAAAUUGAUUGGUUCUAGUGUGCUGUAAGUGGGAGUUUUUUUUUUUCUCCCUACGACAGGAAGUGAUUUGCAGUGUUCAGCAAGCCUUUUGUUGAGAAGGUUUUCUCAGAUCAGUGAGUCAUGCUUUAGCUCUGAGCCGGCAGGCAGGCAGCAGUCAGUAGAGAGUGUUUGCUCUUCCCUCGCAGUAUCUGUGAUCAUCGACAACAUAGACCUUUCUCUGUUCUCUUACUUUUUGGAUUUUUGAGGCUAGAAAUCAUCAGCAGCAUCACCGCUGGAAACCAAACAAGCUGCACCACAACACUGGCAGCCUUUUAGAGACCUUUUUCCUCUCCAUCCUCUUCCUCCUCUGCCUCAAUGCUGUGUUUCCAUGGAUUGUGUCUGUAUAUUGCUCUCUGACGGAUUGGAUUGCAGCUCUGGAUUUUACUGAGAGCAGAUUGGACUUUGGCGACAGCAGCAGCAGCAGCUCAACACAACCACCACUGUAACCUCCAAUAGAGGAAAUUACAGUCAGGUGGCCUUUGAUUGCUAAAAGGCGUUUGCUGCCUGUACCGCUGCUGCUAUGUUACAGGAGAGGGUAAUCAGCACGGCUCAGCCACGUCUGCCAGCACACUUGUGAAAGAGGCAGGCUGUGCGCGUCGGUUGGUGGAGAGAGCAAGAGAGAGAAGGGUAUGCUUCACCGUACCAAAUACAACCGCUUCAGGAAUGAGUCAGUAACAUCCGUCGAUGAGCUUCUCCACGGCCUGUCCAUGAACCCCAAGGUCUCGGCCACCCCCCAGUCUGCAGCCGAGACAUCUUACACACCCCCGACGGAGGUCCAGGCCUCCUCCACCACCAACACCGCUUCCAGCACCUCCACCGGCCACGGCUCUGACCACCUGGAAGAUGGAGGCACCACCCUCUGCACCCUCAUCAACAAGGUGUCCGGCCUGAAAUUCAGCAACUCAGGCAGCCUGCUGGGCAUCAAGGGUCUGCCCUCGGCUGUCAAGGACCUGGCUGUGUCUAAGCUGCAGGGGGGUGGGGGAUCGGGCUCAGGCGGCUCCAGUGGUCCGAGCCCCAGCGCGGCGGCAGCAGCCUCUGGUGUGGGCGGCUCUCUGUGCAGCUCGGCCUCCCAUUCAUCCCCCUGCUCUCAGCUGGAUUCGGCCGUCAACAUGAGCAAGAAGAGCAGGCUGGACGAGCACCAGCCCGGCGGAGAGGACUGGAACACAGGUGGAGGUGGCGGACUGGUGAACAAACCCCCCAGAGGGUGGCUACACUCGAGCGAGAAGAUCUCUGGUCCAGGAGUGACAUACAUUGUGAAGUAUCUCGGCUGUUUAGAAGUCCUUCGGUCAAUGAGAUCUCUGGAUUUCACCACAAGAUCACAAAUUACAAGGGAAGCCAUCAGCCUGGUGUGUGAGGCUGUUCCAGGGACCAAAGGAGCUCUGCGCAAGAGAAAGCCACCGUCCAAAGCUCUGUCCAGUAUCCUGGGGAAGAGCAACCUGCAGUUUGCUGGAAUGUCCAUCAACCUGAAUAUCUCCACCAGUAGCCUCAACCUGAUGACCCCCGACUGCAAACAGAUCAUAGCCAACCAUCACAUGCAGUCCAUCUCUUUUGCAUCCGGUGGAGACCCCGACACAACAGAUUUUGUUGCCUAUGUAGCAAAGGACCCCGUGAACAGAAGAGCAUGUCACAUCCUGGAGUGCUCUGAUGGGCUGGCCCAGGACGUUAUCAGCACCAUCGGCCAGGCCUUUGACCUUCGCUUCCAGCAGUACCUUCAGUGUCCCUCGAGCAAAAUGUCCUCUACACAUGACAGGGUAUUAAACAUGGAGGAGUUGCCAUGGACAGAGGAAGAGGAGGAAUCAUCAGAGCAUCCUUACUAUAACAACAUCCCCGGCAAGAUGCCGCCCCCUGGAGGCUUCAUCGACACCCGGCUGACCAAUCAGAACACAGCGCCAGAGGGAGGCCAGAUGGGCCCAGGUUCAGUGGAUCAGACAUAUUACCAAGGGCGGCACUGUGGAGAACACUGGGGAGAUGGAAGAAAGCCCAUAAUCAUACAACAGGGAUCCUUUGACAUAAACAGUCUGCCGGAGAGUAAAGGUCAGGCCCCAAAAACAGGCGAGAUGCCGGCGUAUGUGAACACUCAGCAGAUCGACGCCCAGGUGCUCGCUGCACUCCAGGCAGAGGCAGAAAAUGUGACGAAGGGCAUGGCGGCCGCAGCCAAAGAGAGCCCACAGAAGGACUUGUUCGACAUGAAGCCCUUUGGGGAGGCCAUUCAGUCGCAGUCCAAUCCGCCGUCCCAGGGGCCAGUCCAAUCCCAGGUUUCCAACCUCCACAAGGCGGCGUCCGUGGACAACCUGAGUCCUCUGCUUGUGCGCUCGGUGGCCUUCCGGGCCCAGGAGGAGCUGGAGGGCAAGACGUGGUACCACGGCAAGAUGAGCCGCCGCGACGCUGAAAAAUUGCUGAUAGAAGACGGGGACUUCCUGGUUCGUAAGAGCACUACAAACCCGGGGUCCUACGUUCUGACGGGCAUGCACAAUGGACUUGCCAAACACCUACUGCUGGUGGACCCUGAAGGCACGGUACGGACAAAAGAUCAUAUAUUUGACAGCAUUAGCCAUCUUAUUGGCCAUCACCGUGACAACAAUCUGCCGAUUGUGUCAGCUGGGAGUGAACUGUGUCUCCUGCAGCCCGUUGGGAGGAAACAGUGAUGUUUGCAAUGCCUGCUGGGAAGCUCUGAACAGUCUCUCCUAUCAUCCUGAAACUUGAAGAUGAAACAUGAGAAGAUGCUUGAAGGCUUUACGCGCUGACAGUGAUUUUGGGGGAUUGGCCCGUGCUUACUUUACUGGAGGCACUGGAAGAUGCAAGAUUUGUUUAAGAUAAAGAAAUUAUUUAUAGAACUGUUAUUAUUUUGUUGUGAGGACUGAAAUGCUAUAUUUUUGAGAAGACAUAGGUGCAUUUGGACAUAAUAUCUUGAUUUGGUGUUUAAAAGCUAAAAGAAUAAAAAAAGGCAAUUGUUCUUGUAGUUUAGAUGAAGUGCAAAUCAAACCUCAAAGAGGUGUUGACAAGAGUAUUUUAGAAUAAAGACCUAAAAUUUUAGUUUUGUCUGUCAAGCACAACCACAUUUCUACAGAGGCCGUUGGCUGAGAGGAUGAGGAAACAAACAGUUUGGAAAACUUAGUUUUUAAUAAAUUAGUUUGGUAACAAAUGUCCUUUAAUCUCCCCGAUAGUGUGACAGCUCACUAAAAUAGUCACUAUAUGAAAUCUGCUUUUAUUGGGGAUCAGACCUGAAUGUGUUUUGCUUUGCAGUAGUCACAACGUGUUGGGGCGCUAAAAGGCAUCCUUCAUAGUGCUGUCAAUGGCUUUAAAGAUAAACUUUUUUUAUGAAGUAUUUUCUCGUGUCACUGCAGUCGCAUGACUUAAAAUCAACUGUUCUUGUGGACAUUGUUCGUAGACCUUGAAACCCCUUAAUUUGAAAGAGGUGCUUGUGUAUGCUGACACUGUAAAAACUAUUUAUGCUUUUCAACAAGUGAUUAUUUCUGAAUUGGUUUCCUCUGGAUUCUUCUUUUAGGUGUGUAGUCAAUGAUUAGCUCCGGGCUUGGGUCAUGCAAUUGAUAUUCUUCACAUUUUAAUUUAAAGCAUUUUCUGGCAUCUUUUGUUGAACUUUUUUAAAAGGUAUUGUUAUUAUUUGAAUGACCACAAAUGAAUAGCACAAUCAGAGUAAGCUGUAAGACAAAUGUGUUGAGAUGUAAUUUGCCCUUUUUACUGAAGAAUUAGACAAACACAAAGUGUCCACUCAAUACAUUCUGGUUAUCAUUUCAGCUUAAUUUCUUGAUGUUAACAAAAGGAAAUGCUCAGUGAUAUCUGAUUGCAAGACUUUCGUUUUGCCACUAGAUGUCAUCACAGAGAUACCUUUUGUCCCCGUCAGUGCACUCACCUCUGUUGUGUUAUCAAUUAAUAGUAGCGAAGUAUGCUAGCUGUGUAUUUAAGACAUACAAUACGAAAACAUUUUCUGCUUGAUAGUUCAGAGUUCAUUUGCAUUUUGCAGUCCACUGUACACAAUCAUUCCACAGAACAGUUUGCUGUAUUUCCUGUUAUACACACUGUUUUUGUAGAGUGGGAAUCAGACAUUUAACAUGGCUCCUAGAAAUAGUACACAGCAGUUCUAGCAACAGACUUUUGAAAUGCUCUCAUCCUUACUAUUGUCAGUACUCUGAUGGAUACCAAAUGAAUGGGGGGGCAUUGUAUUUGAUAUGCACUGGACCACUUCAAUUGAACCAAAAUCAGCAUGUGUUCAAUGAGUUUGACAAGACAGAUGCAAUGUAAUAUAACGUGCCUGUAUUUUGCUGCAAGAGGGAGUGUACAGUACAUGCAUCUCACAACAACACUUACUUUAGCAAAGAGGGAUCCACGUGAAAAUAUCCUCCACCGGGUUCAUUUUGGUUGAAGCUGAUAAGACUUUUCCUUGAUCCCUUGUGUCCUUGAGAGUGGAAGAGGCAGAAUAUUUGAUUGAGAGAAGGUGAAGAAAAAAAGAGGGCACAAAGAAUCAUUAUGAUAUUUUUAGCAGUUAUAACCCAUUUACUUAAAAAAACAAUUAUUUGUGACAUAAUUUCAUCAAAUCUAAUAUCUUGGGAGAAGGAAAAACGCGCCAAAUUUUAAAUGAGUACUAUGCUAUUUAAAGUAAUCUUUAUUUCUGAAGUGCAAAUUUGUAGAACCACCUUGGCAAAGUUUUGAACAAAGCAUAUACAUAUAAAGCAGGAACAAACUCCAUACUUGAAUCUCUCAGAUAACAUGAUUAGCUGUGUGGCAUAAAGAAAUUAUACAACCAAACACGUUGGGACACAAAAAGAACGGAGCUUCUUUCCAGAUUUCUGUUGAUGAAAAUGUGCCUUUUAUUUGUACAAAUGGUAUUUUUAUUUUUAUUUUCUCUCUCUUUCUUCAAAGUGCAAUAGCUAAUCUUCAAUGGGGCAUGCCUGUUCACUAGAGGUUGUGUUUUGCCCUGCUGCGUGUUGCUGCUUGAGACUACUGUUUCCUCUCUCUAUCUGUCUCUUUCUCUCCCUCCUUCCCUCUCUAUUAUAUAUUAUAAAUGUAUCAUUUCCAGAUUCUGAAUAUAAAUCUUUGUCGGAGGGAAUCACACAGAAACUCACUAUUUUGGAACAGGUAUAGUUAAAAAAAGGAAAUAAAAACAAAGAAGUCCAAAUGAUGUUUACAGAUUUAAUCAUUUGGUUGUAUGGGUUUAUCAUUAUUCUGUAUGACUGUUGGCAAUAAAACCGUGA